GUGGGAACUGGCUGCCCCACGGGCCCCCACGAGGGAACGGCAGAGGGGACGGAGCCCAACUCCCCUAACAACUGGGGACUGGAUGGCGCCACCUCCCCGGAGUCAGCAGCAUGUGGCCCCGAGAGCAGACAUCGCUGGGCUGUUUCUGUCCCUCUCGGUUCCCACCACUGCCUCGAUGAUCCUGUCUCUGUGCCUCUUGCUGCCCGCGCUGAGUCCCAGCAGCCAGGAGAUCUGCUCAGCUCCCGGCACUCUCCGUGCCCCCACCCUCUACCUGAGCCUGAUGUCCGCCCGGCAGGGGGACUCCCUGCUGCUCCAGUGCUCCGUGUUCUCCCAGGCCCCUGCCACUCGAGUCAUCUUCUGCAAGGACGGGGAGGAGGUUUUGUUUCAGAUGGGUUCAGAGGAGAAGAUCACUUACAUCUAUAACCAUACGGUGUCCAGUGACAGCUCUGGGAAUUAUGCCUGUGGCUACGAGAUCAAGGACAAGAAUAAUCGGGUGAUCAAAUCCCAGCUCAGCCCUGUUAAGCACCUCAGUGUGACAUGUGAGUCAGGGCUGGAUCUAAAGCUCCUGUUGGGAAUUACAAUCCCUGCUGUCCUGGUUCUGGCUGUGGUGCUUUAUCUGCUGGGAAAGAAAGGAAACGUGUCCACGCCUCUGAUAACAUUGUCUAACUGCCUUUCAGCCAUGUCUGUACCAAGGAAUCAAAGGUAG